AAAGCUGCACACCUGCAGAAGUUGUUGCUGCUGUUGAUGUGAACACUCUUGCCAAUGAAGUUUAUAAGCACAACUUUCCCAGCACACCAUUAUGGGCAAAGACAAUUGAGGGCAUAACACUGAAAGAAUUUGACAGGUUAUCUUUUGACGUGAUUUUGAUGAGUCCUCCUUGUCAGCCAUUUACAAGAAUUGGCCUGCAAGGUGAUAUAUCCGAUCCACGGACAAAGAGCUUUCUCUAUAUCCUUGAUAUUCUCCCAAGGCUCCAGAAGCUUCCAAAAUACUUACUCUUAGAAAACGUUAAAGGAUUUGAAUCCUCUUCUGCAAGAAAUGAACUUUUGCAAACACUAGCAACAUGUGGAUUUAAAUAUCAGGAAUUUCUCUUGUCUCCAACUUGUCUUGGCAUUCCCAAUUCUAGGCUGCGAUAUUUUCUAAUUGCAAAGCUUCACCGAGAACCAUUUUCCUUUCAAGCUCCUGGUCAGAUGUUGACAAGAUUCCCAGAUCAGGAUCUAGAAGACUUAUUCAAGGACAAAGUCACUGAUGAAGUGGGUGAAGCUAGUUCUUCCUUGUCUUCUGAAGAGAAGAAUCUGGUUCCAAAUGUUGGUCCUGAUUACAGCAGCAAGAAGAGUUUACCGAAAGAGGCUUUUCUUUUUAAGCUUGAAACAGUAGAAGAAAUGGAAAGGAAACAUGUUCAGGACAAUGAUUCUUCUAUUCAAAUGCUAAAAGAUUUCUUGGAAGAGGAAAAUGAAGAAAUGAGUCAGUAUUUCUUACCACCAAAGUCCUUAUUGCGCUAUGCUUUCUUGUUAGACAUUGUUAAACCCACCUGCCGGAGAUCCACAUGCUUUACAAAAGGUUACGGAAACUUUCUCUAG